AUGGGCGACUUCAAACGGACCAUCCACCUCCUUAAGGAGCUACUUGUCCGAAUCCCAUUGAUUUUGAAAACCCUCGUCCUCCAUGGAAUUCAAAUGUCUCCCGUCAAGGGGAAGCAAGACAUUCGCACGGAGCUGACGACAUCCAUUAUUCGCUCCUUCAUGACCUUCAGUGCGCCCGUCGAUAAGACGCAGAGGAGUAGCAUGCGCGAUCCCGGCAUCAAGGGACCCAUGUGGGUGUCCAAGGUCACCCUACCACAGCCAGAAUUCGAUGUGCGCGAUGCUGUUAUUCGCGCCAUUGAAGAUCUUAAGACGACGGGAAAUGAGACAUUCGACAUGCCCCCGAUUGCAGCAGUCGAGGCUGAAUGGACCGGUUAUCGCAGUGGAGUGGGCAAGAAGACACCACAGCCUGAUCUUUCAGAAGAAGAAAAGUAUCACGAAUUGCGAAGGGAAUCUCCCUCUGAUAUGACCAUCCUUUAUUUCCAUGGCGGUGCCUACUUCUUGAUGGACCCUUGCACGCAUCGCGUACCAGUGGCACAUCUUUCCCGUCUCACGGGAGCCCCAGUUCUCUCGGUGCGAUACAGACUUGCACCGCAGAACCCCUUUCCUGCGGCGCUGGUCGAUGCGCUAACGGCAUACUUAUCACUGAUUCACCCGCCUCCGGGUGCCCUACACAAGCCUGUUCCAGCGAACAAGAUUAUCAUUGCGGGUGACUCUGCAGGCGGGAAUCUGUCUCUUGUUCUGUUACAGACACUUCUCACUUUGAAGCGAGCGUCUCGACCAGUUUGCUUCCAUGGCCAAGAGGUAAACAUCGAGCUCCCGGCAGGCGUAGCUACAAUCUCGCCCUGGUGCGAUAUGACCCACGCCAUGCCCUCCAUCAUCCGCAAUAAAAACUAUGACUACCUCGACAUGAAGGUCGUACCAUCCGAUGACCCAGAUGAACCCGCUCCCGCUUCACCAUUGCCGUUCCCACCUGGCUCUAUAUGGCCGGUGACUCCGCCUCGAGUAGACAUGUUCGUCAACGCAAACAUGAUGCUCCACCCUCUCACCUCUCCCCUCGCAGCGAAGCCGGAACUGUGGAAAGACGCACCGCCUGUCUUUAUCUCAACAGGCGAAGAACUACUCACAGACGAAGGCCUCAUCCUGGCAAGGCGCAUGCACAAAGCUGGUGUACCCGUUGUCGCAGAGCAAUUCGAGGGAAUGCCGCAUUGUCAUGGGAUACUGAUGAUCUCUACCCCAACUGGAAAGCGUUUUUUCAAAAGUCUGUCCGAGUUUUGUCGAGAUGCUGCGGCUGGCCGUGUCAAACCAACUGGGCUAUGGACAUGGUUUGAGCACGGGUUACAAUUAUCCCUCGGGUACCCAUUUGAGAAGGUGUCUGAGAUUGAUGACGACCAGGUUGAUAUUCGGAUGCGCAAGGCUGCCGGUUGGCGAGUCCGCGAUGAGGAGGCUCUAUUGAAGGAGUGGCGUGCACAGGCGAAGCUGUAA